GCUCUGAAACUGAAGAAAACCCAUUUUAACAGAUUUAAAGUUUUGUGUUUGUGUUUUUGCCUCGGAGAGAAAGGAGGACAUUUAAUUCAUGGUGAUUGUGGCUUUCCCUUCGUAGGGAAAAUCAAAAUGCUUAUACCCAUUUCAGGCUGAAGCUCCAAAGGCAUCUAGAUACUAAAAAUGGCAGGGCAGCUCUUGGUUUUUGGUCUUCACCAUGUGGGGUGCAUGUGGGGUAUUAUUAUGAUGGGUUUGCAAUCAUUCAACUGUUUUUCUUGUUCAAGCUCGUAAGCAGAGGAGAACAAGAGAAAAGGACAAAAGAAAAUGAGAAAUCGAGUGUCUUCUUUUGAGAGAAAAAGAGAAUUGGAAUUUUAUUGCUAUGUAAUGGAAGCUACAGAGAUUUAGAAGGCAAAGAACUUCAAUUCCCCUGCGAGUUGUGUGUGUGGAUUUAAGUUUUGUUUUUUCGUUGAUCUGUGUGAAGGAAGCAAUUCAAGGUUUUCUGACGUUCAUCAUUUCAGAGUUAUGCUGCGGAAUAGGUCUAGAGCAGUAACCUCAAAGCAAGCUUUAAUGGCGGAUCACAGCCCUCAGUCACCCUCUACCCAGAGACCCAGUCCAUCUUUCUUUGGUUCUCCUAGAUUCAGAGCUUUUACUACAAAGGGUCUCUUUGAAGCUGAAGCUGUGAUGAGUCCAACUUCGAUUCUUGACUCUAAACCCUUCUUGCCUUUUUGUAAUCCCUUUGGUUUCGAUUUAAACCACUCGAAAUCCCCAGAAACUUUAUCGGAAAACAAACAGAAUUCAUUGGAGAAAUUAGACCCGAAAGGGGUUGGUCUUGCUCUGAUCGACUCUCCUAUUGGAGACAGCAAUUCUUCCGAGCAGAGUAAUAAAAUGGUUCUGUUCGGAACCAAACUCAGAGUUCAAAUUCCUCCGUCGUCCCUCACUGAAUCUCCGAAAUCUCCCAUUGAUUUCGGAAUCAAAACGAGGAACUCACAAUUCCAUCCCAACCCCGGUACCCCAACAACGAAUUCUCCCCGGAUUUUCACCGGAGGUCUCCCAGUAAGUGAGAUGGAGCUGUCAGAAGAUUAUACAUGCGUGAUAUUACACGGGCCAAACCCAAAAACCACCCACAUAUUCGACAACUGCAUUGUAGAGAGCUACUGCGUUGUUCCUUCGGUAAAGUCCCAGCCUCCACCGGAGAGCUUCCUCAGUUGUUGUUACACAUGCAAGAAGAAUCUUGAACACAAAGACGAUAUUUACAUUUACAGAGGAGAGAAGGCAUUUUGCAGUGAGGAGUGCAGAUACCAAGAAAUGGUUUCAGAUGGAAUGGAGAAAUAAUUAAUCAAAGAUUCAAGGAACCGAGUAUUAAUUCUAGUAAUGCUUAGAGAUACUGUUAGUUCAGGAUGAUUGAAUUUAGAAACCAAAGAUGGUUAGAAUUUUCUGCGUGC